AUGGGUGUCACUGCCAUCGGCCCUACGUGUCUCCCCCACGAGCUAUUCCACUACUCCCCAGUCCACGAGGUCCUGAUCUGCACCUCCUGCCACUAUGCUGUGCAGCCAGCAGCUAUUUCGCGUCAUCUCAAAGAAAUCCAUCGCAUUUACCGCGGCUUCCGACGCCCCUUCAUUGCGUAUGCAAGCAGGUUCUCUUUAAAGAGACCGGAAAGCGUCUCACCGCCGCGUGCUCCAGACUUUCCCGUACCACUCUUGUCUGUGGAACAGGGAUGGCAAUGCGAAGCCCCACGCUGUGGCUAUCUCUGCGUUUCGCUCAAGCGGAUGCAGAGCCACUGGCCAGCCCAACACUCGCGCAAAGGCGACCCUUCUCGAGACUGGACGGCUGUUCCCCUGCAGUCCUUUUUCCGGGGUAACUUCCUGCGUUAUUUUACCUGGCCGUGUACCUCUGACCACCAGGAGACUGCUACCCCAUUGACCAGGCAGCUUGGUUAUGGCUGCAGCACAAGUUCAUCAUUCUUAUCUGUAGAGAAGAUGCAGAAAAAAUACAAGUUGCAUCAAACGGAUGUGGCCAUCCUGGAGCAUUACUUCGAUGAUGCUUAUAAGAGCUUUGUAACCAAUGUACAGACGAAAAGAAUCUGGCUCAAUGUCGUCCCAAAACUUGCAUAUGAGUCUUCGUUUCUGCUUCAUGGUGUUCUUGCCUGUACGGCCCUACAUCUAGCCCAUAUUCACCCUCCCCGUCGACAAUACUACAACUUCCUUGCAUGUGCUCACCAGGAUAUUGCUCUGCCUUUGUUUCGCUCCGCUAUUGAUUAUCCGACUGAGGAUAAUUGCGAUGCUAUUGUCACAUUUGCCUAUUUGCUGGUUGUUUACUCCUUUGCAACUGACUCAGAUGUCUCAAACCAGUCGCUACUGCUCGUUGACGAUCACAACGACGGCGAGAGUGGGAAACGUCUGAUAAUCCCGCAGUGGCUACACUUCAUUCGUGUGGGCUGUUCAAUGUUAUGUAACGUUUGGGACAGGGUUGAAUCUGGGCCUGUCAGCGCUUUAGCAGCUGCGUGGGACAUCGAACUGGGUCUUUACGACACUGACCUCCCUUAUUUAGAGCAUUUUCUUUCAUUUAUCCCUAACGACUCGUCCUGGUCGUCGGAAAUUGUUUCAAUAUAUCGCAAUGCUGCCAUUUCCCUGGCUCAGUCGCUUGCCUACACGAACACUGAAGGCAUGGCAUCUUUUGUUACGACGUGGAAUAUCCUUGGCUCAUGGCCAAUGCGGAUUGAGUCAGAGUAUAUGGACCUUUUGUACGAGCGCCACCCUGGUGCAUUGUUAUUGCUUGCUCAUUAUUGCAUUAUAUUGAAAAGGCUAGAAAAAUGCUGGUAUUUCGAGGGCAGAGCGGUGAGGCUUAUGACCUCUAUUAUGAGCUUACUGGAUGAUGGCUGGCAUCCUUUCAUCCAGGACGUAAUCGACAGCGUUCUCGGUCAAGUUGAACAAACACAGACAUCAUUAAUUUCUGGCAAAACCAACAAGCAUAAUUGA